UCUGGUCUUCCUGAGUCGGCCUAAGUCUGUGAGCUGUGUCACGAAAUGGCACAAACAAUGAGUCAAUUAUACACUAUGCCUUCAUUAGUGUGUGAACUUAGCAGCAGUGUUAGUACAGGAAAGAAGACUGCAUGGAUGUCGGCAUUGAAAGGCCUCUUGACCUAUGACAACCUCGUCCACGCUGUGGCCGGAGCCACGGGCAGUGUGAUUGCUAUGAGUGUGUUUUUCCCUCUGGAUACAGCUAGAACAAGGCUACAAGUUGAUGAUCAGCGGAAAGCGAAACAUUCACCUCAAAUUCUGAAAGAAAUUGCCAAAGAGGAAGGAAUCUCUGCGUGGUACCGUGGCCUCUUCCCAGUUGUGUCAAGCUUGUGCUGCUCCAAUUUUGUCUACUUCUACUCCUACAAUGGACUGAAGGCUGUGUGCUUGGCAGAGGGAAGUAAAGGGGAGCCAGCAAAGGAGCUGCUGCUUGCCUUUGUGGCAGGUGUGGUGAAUGUGUUAGUGACGACACCUUUGUGGGUGGUGAACACCCGGCUGAAGCUGCAGGGAGCCCACUUCAGGACUGCCCAGUACAAGCAAUCUAAACACCCAUACUACCAGGGCAUUCUGGAUGCCUUCAGGCGGAUCAUCCGAGAUGAGGGUACAGCUACUCUGUGGAAUGGCACCAUGUCCUCCAUAGUGCUGGCCUCUAACCCAGCAGUGCAGUUCAUGGUAUAUGAGGCAGUUAAACGCUACUUUCAGCGACUAUUCAGGCAAACUGAAUUAAGUGGACUGGUCUAUUUCAUGAUAGGGGCCAUAGCAAAAACGGUAGCUACAAUUGUCACAUACCCCCUGCAGGUGAUCCAGUCCAGACGGCGGGCUGGAUAUGAGAGUAACAAGACAGGGGAGAACUUUGUACAGGCCUUAAGUGAUAUGAUUCGGACAAAAGGAAUAGCUUCACUGUACAAAGGAAUGGAAGCAAAGCUGCUGCAGACAGUACUGACGGCUGCCUUGAUGUUUGUUUGUUAUGAGAAGAUUUCAGCUGUAGUAUUUAGAGUUUUAGGCAUCAUCCACCAAACCCAACGAGAUAACAACACUGUUUCUUAAGAUUUUCUUUCGGCCAUGCCAUUCAUAAAACUCACAGCUGAUAAUGAAACAUAUGACUAGUGUGUUUAUUACACAUCCAGGUGAUUAUCCGCAUGCAUUUAUUAUCAUGAUUUUUAUUGCUUUUUUAAUCAUGUGUAUGCAACAGUGUCCUAGAUCAUGUAGAUACUUGUUGCACACAGUGACACUUAAGAUUGACCUGUCUGCUAAUCUGUUAAUCUGUCUGUUAAGGUAAGACCUUUCAUGAAAUAGUUACAGCGUAAGUAACAUCAAAAGGAUUUUUCUAAUGAUUUCUUUUUUCAUAUGCAAAAUGUAUUUAUAUAUUUUAUAUGACUAUCUUCUUGAUGUUUUUUCAUGGAAAUUUUUAAUUAUUUAAGCAUUUAUUACUUUGAGUCAUCGAAGUAAAUAAUAUCUUGUUAAUUUCCAUAAUAACAAUGAUUUAGGUUAAUGCAUUUUAUUGAAGCUCAAUUUAUAAAAUGUUGUUACUACAUGUAUUUCCUUCAAAUUGGUUUUAAUAAAUCUUGAAAUGUGCUGGUUC